CCAACAAUAGUUUCCACGUACAACAGUUGUAACUGGGUGUUUUAAGACAUCAACAACACCAUCCUUGUACAGACAAUACUCUCUCUUUCUCUCUCUACAAAAUACUGUAAUUGCCCUUUUGUUUUGGAUAUUUUUCACUUAUAUUUUUCUUUGAUUCAUAUAUCAAUAGUGCCCUUUCUCUCCUCCAUCUCUCUCUCUCUCUCUCUCUCUCUCUCUCUGCCUUUUGCCCUAAAAAGAGGCACUCAUUUCCUUCAUAAACCCCUGCUUGCAGCAGUCUUUUCAGCCCCCAACUUAGAAAGAUAGAGAGAGAGGGAGAGUGUUUCUUUCAAUCCAUAUUGGUUUUUUGUUCUUUUGUAGUCUGAUAAAAAGACCAUUAUUUGUUCUUCAAUUUCUUGAGGCAAAAAUCUGUUAUUUAUUAUUCGGACAAAGAUUAAAAGCCAUCAAAGUUUUGAUCACCAUUUUCUGUUUAAUGAACUUCAUCGUUUAAAAAUAUACAACCCAGAAAGAAAGAGUCUUUUCUUCUUUUUUGGAGAGGUUUUUAUUUUAAUGGCGCCGAGUUUUGACUGUGCGGUUUCAAGCCUUCUUUGUGCAGAGGAUAAUAAUAGCAUUUUCAAUGAUAACGAUUGCUAUGGUGAUGUGGAGGAAUUUGAAAAUAUCAUGCAUCUUAGGAAUCAUCGAAUCCACCAUCAAGACAAGGCCUUUUACGGUGGGUUGCCAAUGCAGAGUGAGGAGUGUUUGGCUUUGAUGGUAGAGAAAGAGUGCCAGCAUUUGCCAAAUGUGGAUUACUUAAAGAGACUGAGAAGAGGAGACUUGGACUUGGGGGAUAGAAAAGAGGCUGUAGAUUGGAUAGGAAAGGUUCAUUCCCAUUUUGGUUUUGGACCACUUUGUGCAUAUUUAUCAAUAAACUACUUGGAUAGAUUUCUCUCUGCCUACGAACUGCCAAAAGGUAAAGCUUGGAUGAUGCAAUUAUUGGCUGUGGCCUGUUUAUCUCUUGCAGCCAAAAUGGAGGAGACUGAAGUUCCACUUUCUCUAGAUUUACAGGUUGGUGAAUCAAAAUUUGUAUUUGAAGCAAGAACUAUACAAAGAAUGGAGCUUCUUGUACUAAGCACCUUGAGUUGGAGAAUGCAAGCAAUUACACCUUUCUCUUUCAUAGACCAUUUCCUUUACAAGAUCAAUAAUGAUGAAAACCCAUCUAGAUCUUUAAUUUUGAAAUCAAUCCAGCUCAUAUUAAGUACAAUUAAAGGAAUUGACUUCUUGGAAUUUAGGCCUUCUGAGAUUGCAGCAGCAGUGGCCAUAGCUGUUGUUGGGGAAAUCAAAACAGUGGUCUCUGAGCAAGCAAUUUCUGUUCUCUCUCAACAUGUACAAAAGGAGACAGUGAUGAAGUGUAUUCAACUAGUUUAUGAUUUGUCAUUGAUUGGUGGGUCUAUUAAGGAUGCAAGUGCCUCAGUCCUAUCUGUGCCCCGAAGUCCAAUUGGGGUUUUGGAUGCAGCAUGCUUGAGCUAUAGAAGUGAUGACACAACUGUUGGGUCAUGUGCAAAUUCUUCUCAAAAUACUCCUGAUGCCAAAAGGAGAAAAAUAAAUAGACCAUGGGAAGUGUAGCUUUGAAUAAUGGAGGUUUGAUUUUUCACAAAAGACCUUUUUGAAUAUGUUUUUUGAAAUUGGAGCUUUGGUGUCUCUACGAUGGUGCUGCCAAAGAAAAUAGGAAGGGUAAAAAAAAAAGAAAUGAAGGCAGAAAGGAGGGCAGGUAGGAAAGAAGUGAAAAUUGGGAAAAUGCAGAAAUGGAGUAUAAAGAUUUCAAUAAGUUGGAUCAUGGUUGAAGGAUGGAGGCAAAUUGGAAGUGGGAAAAAAAAAAAAAAAGAUUCAUGCUUUGGGCAUGAAAAUAACAGUCAGAGCUGUUAAAUAUUAGAUCUCUUAACAGCUAUAGACAAGGAGUAGAGAGAAGGAAAAUAUUGGUUAAAAAAAAAGUUUUUGGUUUUUAUUUUUUUAUUUUUGGGUUUGUGAGACACAGUUUGUUCUAGGUUUUGGAUUUUUGCUUUAUUCAAGAAAAUUGUCAAAAAAAAUAGAAAAGAAAAUAGUAUAAAAUAUAUUUUGAAGGACAUUUUGAAUUGAAAA